UUUACCUAAUAUUGAAUGUCAACAGCUGCACCUCUACAGUCUCAUUCCAAAAGAGAGGAACAGGGAAGAGACAAGGAUGGAAAAGGUUCUUCUGAUCAUCAUCGCUCUUUCAGGGCUGAGCGCUGUCUCCUCACAUGCUGAACGUCAGUACCAUUUUGUUUCUGAAGCAAAGACCAUGUCUGAAGCACAGAGAUACUGCAGAGAGAAACACACAGACCUGGCCACUGUAGACAGCAUGGAGGUUGUGGAGCUCCUGAACAACAUGGCAGGCCAAUACAACCAAUCAGCCUGGAUAGGGCUGCACGAUGACCGGGACACCUGGAGGUGGUCGAUGUCAGACCCCAGCUUCUACGGACCGGGGGAGACGGAGUUCAGAGGAUGGGCGUCUGGAGAACCAGGCACCUUUCACGAUGAACAAUGCACAACUUUUUAUUCUGGUGGAGCAUGGCAUGAUUAUCCUUGUAAUACCCACUUCUGGGUGGUCUGCUUUGAUGUCACAGGGCCGGAUGCAACAUUUGUCCUCAUCAACAGCGCAAUGACAUGGACUGAGGCCCAGAGCUCCUGCAGAGAACACCACACAGACCUGGCCAGUGUGAGAAACCAGGCGGAGAGCCAGCUGAUUGUUGGGCUGGUAUCUGGAGCUGGAUAUAAUGCCUGGAUCGGCCUUUACAGAGACUCCUGGAAGUGGUCCGAUGGAAGUAACUCCUCCUUCAAGUACUGGGCAGAUAAUAAACCUAACUACAGAGCUUCAAAGGUUUGUGUGGCUGCAGCUUUCGACAACUCUGGAAAAUGGGAGGACUUGGACUGUGGAGUGAAGAAACCAUUCAUUUGCUUCGGACCUGUGCCUGUUGUGCCUGUUACGACUCCUGAGACUAGUGUGUCUGUUGUGCCUGUUACGACUCCUGAGACUAGUGUGCCUGUUGUGCCUGUUACGACUCCUGAGACUAGUGUGCCUGUUGUGCCUGUUACGACUCCUGAGACUAGUGUGUCUGUUGUGCCUGUUGUGCCUGUUACGACUCCUGAGACUAGUGUGCCUGUUGUGCCUGUUACGACUCCUGAGACUAGUGUGUCUGUUGUGCCUGUUACGACUCCUGAGACUAGUGUGUCUGUUGUGCCUGUUACGACUCCUGAGACUAGUGUGCCUGUUGUGCCUGUUAUGACUCCUGAGACUAGUGUGUCUGUUGUGCCUGUUACGACUCCUGAGACUAGUGUGUCUGUUUGUGCCUGCUGUGCCUGUUACGACUCCUGA